GCUCCAAGAUUUCUGACGACCCUACGAACCACCACGGGGAGAGACGGGGGAGAAAGCUCCUACAAGGAUCGGCUGGAGGGAGACCUCGUGCUGCAGAACGGCGAAAACAUCUUCACCCUGCAGUUGGGAUUUCCGUUCCGAUCCACGCUCACCAUCUCCGCAGCUGGUUGGACACGGGCCACAGUUGGCUGGGAUGGUGAUGAGAUCGUCACUUCCAACUAUGUUGAAGUUGGCAUCAAAUUGCCGAAGGUGCCCGGCCUCUCGAACAUCAUGGAAUAUUUCGUGAAGAGCUACGGCACCCAGUCUACCCAGGACUGCACCGAUGCCAUGGCCAGAGCUGCUGCCGUUGCGCGGCCGCCGGAGACGCCUUUGCAGAGCAUCGAGGUGAAAAUGAAGGAACUUUUCAAUCCUCUCGCUGAUCAGAACCAGCAGGAGGAUGCCCUGCUGGCCAGCGGGCCUGGGAGACCGCCUUCGUCUUCAAGAUGA